UACAUUGAUAGGAUAAUGAUGUCGAAUAGAUAUGAAGAAUUAUAUCGGAAUUCGAUUAAUCGAUGGAUAAUUUGCUUUUGGAUUGGUGUGAUUACGGGCUGUAUCGCUGCAUCUAUUGAUAUCAUGAUUCAUUACGCGAGUGAAGUGAAGUUCCUGCUGAAACUAUGCGAGAAUAGUAUGGAGCAUGGCGGUGGUUGCGUGUGGAUGGUGGAACUGGCGUGGAUUGCAUUUAAUUGCGGACUUGUGGCCAUCUCUGCAGGUCUUGUCGUGUACAUAUCACCCGUUGCUGCUGGAUCUGGAAUCCCGCAAGUGAAAAGUUUCUUGAACGGCGUACAAAUCCCUGGAGUGGUCAGGUUGAAAACAUUGGUUGUGAAAUCGUUCGGUGUUGCGUGUACUGUCGGUGGAGGGUUGGCUGCCGGAAAGGAAGGUCCAAUGAUCCACUCUGGUGCGGUUGUAGCCGCAGGCAUCUCGCAAGGAAGGUGUAUAUCCCUCCCGAUUGAUUUCGGUAUUUUCAAGGAUUUUCGGAAUGAUAGUUUUAUGAGUGGUUACUUUUGGUUGUGUUUAAUGAAUUAA